AUGGAUCCUACAGGGGCUGCUCAGCGUCUCGCUGAGGAGUAUCCUAGCAUCGCGGCCCUUCCACGUGAGAUGCUCGAGGAACUUGCAUCCUCGCCAGAGACCAUGGAACAGUCUCAAACACAAGCACAACUGCUGGAAGCCCUAGUGGAUCAACUCCCCGCCAUCCAGACACUGAAUGCAGAACAUGAAGCACUCGUCGAACAGGUAGAAGCGGCAGCAGCACGCAACAAUGCACUACGCCCCGAACUCGAGGCGUUACGGCGCGACACACAGGACGCUUUUACGAAGGCCAAGCAGUACGAGCAUCAAUGGCCAGAAGUGGAAAGGGCCCUGCUAGAAGCACGAAAACGCUUCACACCCGAAGCUAUGCAAGUACGUUUGCAUAUGGCAGUACAGCAGCUGCAUGAUGAAACGGAAAAACUCGUCAACGACUUUAUAGACGGCCUGCCACCCGCGACUUCACCUACUUCAACACCUAUGGAUGAUACCCACUUUGUUCGUCACUACUGCGAUCUACGGACACGCUACCACCUUCGCGCCAUGCAAUACGAGCAAUACACUCGGCAGCGUGUGCAAUGGAAAGCGUAA